GAAUACGCAUCAAAGCAUCUUUGACUAUGUAUCAAAGCAUCUCUGAAUACCUGUCAGAGAAGCUGUCACAUUUUCGCUUAUUUUCUCAAAAUAUUUUGGAAGAUAUUUUCAUUUGUGUCGGUAUAACCUUCGAUAAACUACUAUAUAUCGAUCCCGGUUCUUCCGUUGAAGGCGGGUUGUUCCCGUGCAUCGGAGUUGUCUUCUGGGUAGAAAGAUGAAGUCUCUACAGAUUUUACUGGUAUGUACCGAGGUACUGGCAAUAGCUUUGGCAUCAAAUAGUCAUGCUUACCCGUCUGGAUAUGGAGAUGAUUCGGGUUCUUGUGGUGAAAUUGAAGAGAAGCCGGUUCCUCUGAGAAGGGAGGUUUAUGGCAAUGGAAGAAUUAUCGAUAUCACGCAUAGGGUUACACCCACAACACCAUGUGGGGGCUUUGAGGGCGUUGGGGAAGUCGUCUCGCUUUCUUUGAGCAUGAAAAAUGGUUCAGAUUAUAACUUCUCUAUCAUGAAGUUACCUGUUCAUGCUGGUACCCAUGUUGAUGCACCAGGGCACAUGUAUGAUCGUUACUUUGAUGCCGGUUUUGAUGUGGAUAGUCUUGACCUCGAUGUUCUUAAUGGUCCAGCUUUGUUAGUUGAUGUUCCCAGGGACAAGAACAUAACUGCGGAUGUUAUGAAGUCCUUGAACAUCCCCAAGGGAGUCCGCCGUGUGCUUUUCAGAACAUUGAACACUGACAGGAAACUUAUGUUCAAAAAGGAGUUUGACACAAGCUAUGUGGGAUUCAUGAAAGAUGGGGCACAAUGGUUGGUGGAUAACACUGACAUCAAACUCGUUGGGAUUGAUUACUUAUCUGUUGCGGCUGAUGCUGAUCUAAUUCCUGCUCAUCUUGUUUUCCUUGAAGGCAGGGAAAUCAUUCUUGUGGAAGGCCUGAAACUCGACGAUAUCCAGCCAGGAAUAUAUGACGUCCACUGUUUGCCUCUACGGUUGCUUGGUGCUGAGGGCUCACCCAUAAGAUGCAUCCUUAUCAAAUGAAGUCAUUAUUGAAGCAGCAAAAGCACCACCAUGAAGCAUUCGGAGGAGAGGAACACAGCAAAAGGCCAAGCUUAAAAUGUCCUUCAUAAACACUUUACUUGCUAUCUUGUGAAAUUCAACUUCUUGCUGUCUCUUGUUAGGCUUAGCAUCAACUCCCUUGUAAUGAUGAAUAUUUUUCUCCAUGUUUGUUAUACUGCAGCUGCAGCUAGAUAGUGGCAGUUACAAUCAACAGUAGCCUUGUAAUAUUUAAAUUGAGGAUCUUAGUUUAUGUUUUUAUCUUUAAACGAUCCUGGCCUCUACCGGUGAUGAUUUGGGACAGCUCUUCAAUGAAAGUUGAUUCUGUA